AGCAGUCUGUUUCACUUGUCACCCCGGUUUUUUUGUUUUGUUUUGUUUUUUUUUUUGUUUGUUUUUGUUUUGUUUUUUUUAAACACUUUUUCACAUGUCCAUUGACUCUGUGUUGUUAGUUAUCGAUGUUGAGGAAACGUAAUAGAAAAGAACUUAGGGGGAAUGUUUGUGGACUUUUCGGAUGUAAGCUAAUGAACGGUUUGGCAAGCUACGACCACUUCCGGUUAAAGGUAGUACCGUCAGUUAAAACCCGAGCAACAUUUUUAGGUGGAGAGUCCUGCACAGUUUGUUGUGGAAAUUGUGGGUCAGUAUUCUUCAGAAGGAAAACACGACAAACAGCCGGAAAAUCCCUCUUCACUGCCGUGUGACCAGAGGGCGUGGCUUGAGUUUGACGUGUAGGCUGAAGCCUUCAGUGUCUGACAUCUUCUGGACUCUGUUGUGCAGGACAGUUUUCCUCCACUAAAGGAGAUUGUUGUCCUUACUGAUCAACAAGUGCCCAGUUUCUCUCUUAUCUGCUCAGUGUGACGACCUCUGCACAGACACACUCCCAUCACUGUCUCCGCAGUAGUUGCUUUGACGGUGUAAACUGAUACCAGAAACCAUGGUGAACUGUCGCUGUGGGCUGCUGACUUUAAAACAAGAACCAGUUCCUUUGAAGAGCGUGGAGGUGGAGGUGGAGGUUCGAGACCAUGUGGCUACAGUGGUCUCCACUCUGAACUAUGGGAACCAAGAGGACAAUCCACUAGAGGCUGUUUUUGUUUUUCCUCUGCCUGGAGAUGCUGCUGUCUGUCAUUUCAGUGCUAAGAUUGGACAAACAGAGAUUGUAGCUGAGGUGAAGGAGAAGCAGAAGGCUCGUGAGGAGUAUGAUGAUGCUUUGAGCUCCGGCCAGCAAGCCUUUCUACUGGAGGAGAGUGAGCAGAGUCCAGAUAUAUUCUCUCUGAGUGUUGGCUGUCUUCCUCCAAAAGAGAGCGCCUCAAUCAGACUGGAGUAUGUCACUGAGCUAGCUGUUCAGGCUGAUGAUGGGCUGAGGUUUUGUCUUCCUGCUGUGCUCAACCCACGCUACCAACCUCAAGGAAGUGGCGAUCAAGGAGGCAGCAACAUCCAAAUGACGUCGAUUCCAGCCUCUAAGGUGCCCUACAGUCUGUCUUUCUGUGCCCAUGUGUCGUCUCCUCGUCCGGUGGUUAAAAUCGAGUCCAACUGUUCCCUCGAUCCUCUUCAGUAUCUGAACACAGAGCAAACCCAAGCCACGACCAAGCUGGCUGCUGGACACAAGUUUGACAGAGAUGUUGAAGUGCUGAUUUAUUACAAAGAUGCCCACCAGCCCACUGCUGUGGUGGAGGCUGGAGAGGCCUCUGCCAAACCUGGCACUCUGAUGGGUGAUCCAGCUGUGAUGCUGAGUCUGUAUCCUGAGUUUCCCCAGUCUGUGAUGUCUUCAGUCGCUUCAUGUGGAGAGUUUGUGUGCCUGCUGGAUCGAUCUGGGAGUAUGGGUGUGCAACUGAACAACAGCGAGAAUCAUCAGAGUCGCAUUGGCAGCGCCAGGGAUACUCUCCUCCUCCUGUUGAAGAGCUUACCGUUGGGCUGCUAUUUCAACAUUUAUAGUUUUGGGUCCAGAUAUAAACACAUCUUCCCGAAGAGUGUGGAGUACAGCCAAAAGACCAUGGAGGAAGCUCUGAAGAAAGUUGGAGAGAUGGGGGCUAAUCUGGGAGGAACAGAGAUCCUUCGGCCGCUUCAACAUAUUUACAGCCAGCCCUGCAUUCAGAAUCAACCAAGACAACUCUUUGUGUUCACCGACGGAGAAGUGCAGAACACCAAAGAAGUCAUCAAUCUGGUGAAGAAGAAUUCACAUCUACACAGAUGUUUCUCUUUUGGGAUCGGGGAAGGAGCCAGCUCUGCUCUCAUCAACGGGCUGGCCAAGGAAGGAGGAGGUCAUGCUCAGUUCAUCACAGGCACCGACAGGAUGCAGCCCAAAGUGAUGCAGUCACUGCGAUAUGCUCUGCAGCCGGCCGUGAUCGACGUCUCAGUCUCCUGGGAGCUGCCAAAGGACGUGUCUGUCUCUGUCCUCUCUCCACCAAUCACAGCACUAUUCCAGGGUCAAAGGUCGUUGGUUUAUGCCCAGCUCAGUGGACAGAUUCCAGAGGCAGCAGAGGGCUCUGUGACAGUGAAGUACACGCUGGCUGGUCAGCCCCUGCAGAACAGGUUUAACUUCAGCCUGAAACCUGCAGAGGACUCUGGACUAACAGUCCACAGACUGGCUGCUCGGGCUCUGAUUCGCUCCCUGGAGAUGGAAAACCGAGAGUCCAAAGACCAGCAGGAUGAAAGUGUGAAGAAGAAGGUGGUGGAGCUCAGUGUACAGUCAGGAGUGAACAGUGUCUUCACUGCCUUUGUCGCUGUCAACAAAGGUGAUGGUGAGGCAAUACAAGGACCUCUGGUGCGCAGAAAUGUGCCAACACCCAUGUACAUGACCUCUUCUAUGAAAGUGCGUCGUUGCGGUAGACUUGGUGCUACAAAGUUUGGAAGGAAAAGUAAACGUAGUUUAACGGCUGGUGGUUCUCCUUCAGAGAUGCUCGAAAACUGUGCAAUGCCUUCACGUGUUCUAAGGGGGUGUAAUCUUUCCAGCUCGGAUGCGGGGAUCUGUUCUCUUUUAAACAUGGACGAACACAUGUUUGGGCCCAGUAAGCCCCCCAUGGACCCUCUGCUCCAGCUGGUCUCCCUCCAGAAGGCAUCCGGCUGCUGGGACCUGGCUCCAGAUCUUGCUGCUGCAGUGGGCAAAACCAGUGAAGAGGUGGAGAAGCAAAAGCCUGCAUUGGUGAGCCAGGAAGUAUGGGCCACCAUUCUGUCUCUGAUCUGGCUUCAUGGUUUCAAGAUGGACUCUAAGGACGAGUGGGAGCUUCUGGCCAUGAAGGCCGUGUCAUGGCUUCAGGCACAGAAUGUAUCAUGUGUGGAAGAGUGCGUGGAUGCUGGAAAUGCACUGUUGGGCUGUAAAGUGCAGAAAGAUGCUUUGGGUCUUUGAGGGUUUUACUGCUGACUUAUUCUUUAAUGGGAUUGUGUUUGCACCAGUAAGUGCUGUGAACCAUAAACAUGAACUUACUUUAAAGGGGGCUGCUGCUGGUCCCUCAUGGUUUUGCUAUUGGCCUCUGGGAUGAAUAAAGUCUGAAUCUGAAUUGUUUUGUUCUGUUUGCACUCCUUCCUGGGAAAUCAGACUUCGGUUUUACAACCUGAGACUUGCACAGGAACCAACGUAAAACAAAGGCUGAUUAUCAACCUAGCCUGAGUAUUUAAUACAGUGGAACAACACAUGAGCUCAUUAAUGAGAUAUUAGCUCUAUUUACUUUAUUGUGGUUAAUUUGUUAUAAGAGGGAUAUAAAAGGACAGCACUUCAGCUUGUUUGUCUUCUAUGUGAGUUUAAUGUGCUUCAUCUAUGUAAUUUUUUCAUUCAUAUUAGUUUAAACUAAAUAUUAUCCAAGGAAUUAAUGUGAAAUAUAAAAAAAAAAAGAAAAACCUCACAGAGACUGAAAAAAUGUUUAAAAAAACAAAACAAAAACAAAACAGCUCUCAUUUCAAUCUCUGGCUGUUUUUAGAGAAGCCUGUUCUGAGUUUAAGGAAGUGUGUGGGAUUAUUGUUAUUAUUAAACCUCAGAAUUUACUGUAAAGCUGCAGGUGAUCAAGGAUGUCUCUAUUAUCCCUGAGGGGCAAUUUGCUUCACAGUCAGCAGUACCAUACAAGCAAUUUCACUCACAAUAGGAAUAAAAUAAAAGUUCAUACACAUAGGAAACAUUCAAAGACACAGAAAACAAUGGCAAUGGCAUCAAAAUAAAUAAGUCAUGGGCAAAUUUCACCUUGAACUAUUUAAAAGGCUAAUGGCAGUCGGGAUAAAAUAAUUCUUCAGUCUAUUUGUCUUGCAUGAUGGAAGGACAUAUCUGCGUCCAGAAGGGAGCAGUGUGAACUCCUUAAAGAGUGGAUGGUCUGGUUCACCAAGGAUGGACUGGGCUUUUUUAAGAGAUCUGAGUUUUAAUACGUCAGUCAGAUCACUCAGAGUAGUGCCUGCAAUUUUGCUGCAGGUUUUAACUAAGCCUAGGUGAGGUCAAAAAAAUGUUUCCUGUUGAACUUAUAACUAGGUCAUCUGUCUGCUGAUUCAUUUCUAAAAUGAGCUCGCUGCUCUGUACAAACUGGAAUGAGUAAAUGUUCUUAACCACAACAACAUUUAGGACAUCUGCUGAUUUACUUGCAUUAUGGAAAACAGAGUAGGAAGGGCCUGAAAAUAAAAUGUUUUCCUACUGUAUGAAACUUAAAUAAAAAAUGAGGAUUUACCAGAGAAAGUGAUAAUCAUGACUGGAAUUGUAUGACACAUCCACACAGUCUGUCUCAGACAUGUUAGUUUAUUUUACAUUAGUUCAAUGUCUGCUAGCAUUUUUACAGUAAGAUAACUACUCUAAACUCAUAAAACUGCAUUGAAACUAAAUAAUAACUACGUAAUAUAAAAUUUAGAAACAAAAAGUUGAAUUAAAACAUCAACAAACACAUCAUAUGAAUAUUUAAGUGUAAAAAAGUUAAAAAUAAAUAGAAACGAUUAAAUGGAUGCACCUCUCAGCCUUUCAUAAAAAAGUGUGAUGGUGUGAGCCUUUAUCUUCACUGAAUUAAACAAUCAUAUUCAUUCAAUUUAGCAUAUAAUUAAUUAAUGUGGAUAAAUGUGUGAGGACAAGAGGCUGAGCAGAGAACUAGUCCAGACAUCUCAUUUUCUUUCAUAUCAUGUGAUAACUUAAACAAAUUUUACCCCAACUGCCAGUUAAAAUAUCAGUCAGUAAGUAAACUGGAUUUGUUUCACUAUUUGUUAUGUUAAAGACUAUUGGGGUGGAAUUUUAUAACUUAUAUUUCAAUGUGUGAUUUCUGUUGUUUCAGUUCC